AUGCAAACAUUUAAAUUAAAAGUUGACUUUCCAGUGUAUUGCGCUGGCUUUAGUCCUGCAGGAGAUAUUCUUAUUGGAGGUGGAGGAGGGUCUGUUAAAAGUGGUAUCAAGAAUAAAUUUGAGUUAUACAAGUUGAAUAUUACUGAGAAAACCCCUUUUGAAAAAAUUACGGAAUUAGAACUUAAUAAAAAUGAGGAUGCACCAAGUUGUCUAACUUUUCAUCCCGAGGAAAAUGUUAUUGCUUGUGGUAUUAAUAGUUCAAAAGAAAAGAUAGAAUUAGGGGAAAAUAAGAAUUGUCGAACAUUCGAAUAUUCAAAUAAUAAAAUUAAAUCAAUCAAAGAAAUUCAAACCAUAACAAGUAAAAAUGAAUAUGAUUUUCAAAGAGUCACUAAUUUCAGUAGUAAUGGUAAAUUUAUAGCCAUUGGAGGAACUGAUAGUAAAUUGACAGUUUUAAAAUAUCCAUCAUUGGAAGUCGCUUUUCCUCCAUUGAAUUUUAAUAAACAAGAGAUUUAUGAUGCUGAUUUUAAUCCAGCAUGUGAUCAGGUUGUAGCAAUUUCUACCAAAAUUUUACGAAUAUUAUCUAUUAAAAAUGGAGAAUGUAUUCAUUCAUUAGAAAGUCCUAUUUUUCAAAAAGUUAUUCAAUGGAAAUCAGAUGGAUUUCUAUUUACUGUGGUUAAUUUAACAUCUAAAACCAAAUCAUUUAUUGUUAAAUGGAAUGCUAUCACUUUGGAAAGAAUUUUGACUAAAGUUGUCUCAAAAAAACCAAUUACUUCUUUCGCUAUAAGUGACGAUGGAAAUCUAUUGGCUUUGGGAUGUUCGGAUCAAAGUUUAAAAAUUUGUGAUGCUAAUACUUUGAGGAUCCUUCUUACUGUACCCAAUGUACAUGAAUUUCCCGCGACGAGCGUAAAUUUCAAUCAUGAUUCAACAUUAGUUGUGAGUGGAUCAGUGGAUUAUUCAGUUAAUCUUAUAAAACUUCCUGAAAAAUUUAAUAAUGGAAAAUUCUCAUUAUUCUUGAUUAUUUUAACCACCUUAAUCUUGAUAUUUGCAUAUGUUUAUAAAUUAUAUCUGGAUGAACAAAAUUGA